GGGAGCCGCUCGGCUGACACGUAACUGAAGUUAAAGGUGUUAUGGAGGCCUCGUCGUGGACCCAACUUUUAACUUCUUUGUAAGCUUGCCCGAGUCACGUCGGAAACUCUGCAAGAGAGGGAGAGAGACCCACGCAGGACUCGCCCGUCUUAUUUAUUUUGUUGCUUUUAGAGCUAAAAAGAAGGCAGAGCCAGAGUUUGGCUGUAAGUUAGGCGAAAAUCUGAGCGGCUACUUUGAAGUUGCAGAGGGGGGAGAGGGUCGCGAUUUAGAUGCAGCUCUGCUAAAAAAGAUAAUAAUGUGCCCGAAAGCGAGUAUUAGCACGUAGCUUGUGUUUUCUGCGUGGAAAUGCUCGGGGAGUGAGGGGAGGGGGAGGUUUCCUCAGUUCUCACCGGGAGGGGAAAAAAAGUUGAGUCGGAACUUUCCAGCGGCAGAGACGGGGCUUUCGCGCAUAGAAGGCGGGGAGGGGUGCGGGUCCAACAUGGGAAACGGGGUGUGCUCCCGGAGGCAGCGGAGGAUCUUCCAAUGUCUCCUUCUGGUCACCGUGGUCUGCGGGGUGAUGUACGGGGGCAUGAUGUCGUACGAGAUGCACAAACAGCUCAAGAGGACGGAGGCGAUGGCACUGAAGUAUCAGCAACACCAAGAGUCGCUGUCGGCACAGCUCCAAGUGGUGUAUGAGCAUCGCUCCAGGUUGGAGAAGAGUCUUCAGAAGGAGAGGUUGGAGCACAAAAAGGCCAAAGAAGAUUAUCUGGUUUAUAAGCUCGAAGCACAGCAAUCAUUGAACAAGGAGAAGCAAGAAUCAAACAGCAAAUACAACUCCUUACAAGUCCAACAUCAGAUGUUAAAGAAUCAGCACGAGGACCUGAAGAGGCAGUAUUAUGAUCUGCACGAGCAGCACCAAGUCCAGGGCAAGGAUCACAGCCGGCUGCUGGAUGAACACAAGGAGCGCUACGAUAAACUUCAGGAGGCCAAAGAGAUAGAAGUCUCCCAGCUCAAAGAGAGUGUUGUUAACCUAAGAGAGGAAAAUAAACAACUGAGGAAAGCCCAUCACAACAUUCACAUGCAGCUACAGGAUGCCCAGAUCCACCAUCAGGACCUGAAGGCAGCCCACGAUCACCUCGCACUGACGCUGGAAGACCACAAGAGUGCGCUGGCUGCAGCUCAGGCACAGGUGAAUGAAUACAAACAGCUCAAGGAGACCCUGCAAAAGGCGCCCAGCAUGGCACAACAUGCACAAGCCAACACAGAACCCAAGUCCUACGCACAUGAAGAUCAGCAGGCUCACUGGAACACUGAUUCAAGGGCCAAUGAAGCGCACGCCCACUCUGAGGUCCAGUCCCACUCCACUGUAACCCAGCACGCCGUGUCUGAGAAAGACGAGGACAGAGAGGGAGAGGCAGAGAGGAGGAGGGAACUGGCAGAGGAGGAGAUGGCCCAAGCUGGACAGCCUCAGAAGCUGGAGGAGGACCCAGACCAGCUACAGGAUGAGCAGCAGGAGGAAGAGCAGGAGCCAGAACAUGAAGAAGAGGAUGAGAACGCAUUGGACCGACGGAAACGCCAGCCACAGAUGGAUCCUCCUGUGAAUCUGCAUCCGGAGGACCAGCUGCAGCACCAGGUGCCACCCCAGGUUCAGCAUCUAAAGUCAGCCUACGAGCAGCAGCAGGAGCAGCAGCGGCUGCAGGCUCAGAGGGCAGAGGAGGGCAGGCAGAUCCAGAGGCGGCAGGAGGCCCUCCAGGCCGAGAGAGAGAGGGUGCUGAAGGACAGGGAGCAGAGGCUGAAGGAGGAGCAGGAACGCGAGCGGCAGCAGCACAGGGAGGCCGACAGACGGGAGCAGAUCCUGAGAGAAGAACACGAGAGGAAGAGGACUGAAUACGAGAAUGUGGACAAUGAUAUUCGAGAAGACGACGGUCACGCUGAGGUUGAUGAAGAGAGAGACGUUCAUAUGUUGCACGAGCAGGAGGCGGAGGAGAAUCGAGAGACGGAUCACAGAGUGCCGCCACAUCAGCAGGGUGACAUAGACGAUGACUUGAACCCCGAGGACGACCCCAACAACCAGGGAGAGGAUGAGUUUGACGAGGCCGAGGACGCCCGGCUGCCGCACCGCGCUGCCGAAGCAGAUGAAAAUGCGGCUGAAGAGGAAGAGGAGCCUGCAGCGCCGGCCCAGCACAUUCAAAUGCAUCAAGACCCCAAACAACCGACUGUGGAGGAGGAACUGGUGAUAGCUGGAAAUCCAGACCAGCAGGAGGACACACUGGAUGACCAGUACCAGGAGGAAGCGGAAGAUGAGGCCCAGGAGGACAUAGCUGGUGGACAGAAGAGAGAGGAGGAGGGAGAGGAUCAAUAUAACGAAGAGAACAGAGACCAGGAUGAAGGUAAAAACCAGGAAGGGCCAAGAAUGGACGGGGAUCACAGAAAUGAUGCCAAGAAUAACGAGGACGUGAAUUACGAGGAGGAAGAAGAGGAGGGGGAGGAGGAUGCAGACAAGGGAAACAAUCGAAGGGCAGAAAUGUAGAAGUGCCUUUUUUUUUAUUUUUUUUUUAAAGCUUGCCUAUAGUACCAAUCAGGGCAUUCUUUCCCUUGAAUCCCAAAGGAAUAGCACCAGCCAUCCACUGAGAUAAAACUGGGAUAUUAUGCUCAGAAGAUGGGGGACAAUAUUCCAAACACUUCUGAGGUUUGAAAGGAUCAGCUGACACUGUGGAAAUGGACAAAAUUUGGUGGGUGUAAAUGAGAUAUAUACUGUAUAGUUUUUAUAUAAUUUUUAUUCAUUUAAUUGUCCGUCUACUUGCUCGUCUGCCUGACUGCCUGGUUGUUCUUGUUUUUAAGAGCAGGCAGAGAAUGUAUUUUGUUUAUCAAAGUGCUUUGUUUGAGCGUGUGUGUGUAAAGGAUGCAUGUUUAUUCUGAUGUCAUGAUCAGGCCUUCAUAUAUAUAUAUAUAUAUAUAUAUAUAUAUAUAUGUUUCAUGCAGACAGUUGUAAUCUCAGUAGAACUCAAAUGUCAUUUUCUGUUAUUUAUUUUUUAAUAGGACGAACUCUGACAAUCAUAAAAAGUGCAAAAUUUUGAUUUUUAAGUCUGUGUUAUCGUGAUCCUUACCAGUUUCGUACAGCUGAUACACAGGUGCAUUUAAAAAAAAAAAUCCUGGAUAUUAUUACAGAUGCCAAUCGGUAAGCCACUUCUGGUGAAGCUGCUCACUGUGACAUGUGCCUUUCCGUUCUUCCAAACCCUCUCCUAAGUCUUUUUAGGUCAUUUUACAUUUGGAAAAUCAUUUUUGAUGAGGCGGGAGCGAGAAGAGCACACCAAUUGGUGAUCCUUUUGUAUAAAGCUUCAUUCAGCAUGGCCUUUAAUGGAGAACUAUUUCAUGUCCACUGCUGGUGGGAAUUCUGCUGGGCAAUGUAUAGUAAAAUAAAUGCUGAAUAUUUGUACAUUUGUACACCAGUUAUAUUUGAUACAGAAAAGUGCGGGUUUCAUUGUACUGAAUUGCUGCCUGUGUGGAAUA